GCCUGGGCGGAUCGUUGGGGGAGCGGCCGGCGGUGCCGCGACCGAGCCGGUGCAUAGCGGUGCAGCCACCUUCUCCACCGCCGCCAUGGGGGCCCAGCUGAGCACGCUGAGUGCUAUAUGGAUACAGCUCCGCUGCCGUCUGUAGCAGAGGAAUUGCCGGAAUGGUCAAGGCUGUGAAAAGUCACCAAGGGCCUGGUUAGCCAGCUGGGCAUGGCGUCUCAGGGAAGAUUUGACCUUUGAGUUGUGCUCUGAAGGAUGCAUAGCAGUCUGCUGGUUGGAUGUGUCCAGAAGCAAGGCAUUUGGGGAGAAAGAAAACCACAAAGGCUGAAGUCAGUUGAGUCGGGUGGUCCUCUCCCCAGUCUGGUUCCUCUACAGCCUGUUCAUGAAGCUGUUCCAGCGUUCCUUACCAGCCAUCACCCUUGAGAAUCCAGACAUCAAGUACCCACUACGGCUCAUCGACAAGGAGGUCAUCAGCCAUGACACACGGCGCUUCCGCUUUGCCCUGCCUUCGCCCCAGCACAUCCUGGGCCUCCCCAUUGGCCAGCACAUCUACCUCUCGACUCGAAUCGAUGGGAACCUGGUCAUUCGGCCCUACACCCCUGUCUCUAGUGAUGACGACAAGGGUUUUGUGGACUUGGUUGUCAAGGUUUAUUUCAAGGACACCCAUCCCAAGUUUCCAGCUGGAGGGAAGAUGUCCCAGUAUCUGGAAAACAUGAAGAUUGGAGACACCAUUGAGUUCCGGGGUCCCAACGGGCUGCUGGUCUACCAGGGCAAAGGCAAGUUCGCCAUUCGUGCUGACAAGAAGUCCAACCCUGUUGUCAGAACAGUGAAGUCUGUGGGCAUGAUCGCAGGAGGGACAGGCAUCACCCCGAUGCUCCAGGUGAUCCGCGCCAUCAUGAAGGACCCAGAUGACCACACUGUGUGCUACUUGCUCUUCGCCAACCAGUCCGAGAAGGACAUCCUGCUGCGGCCUGAGCUGGAGGAACUGAGGAACGAACAUUCCACCCGCUUCAAGCUCUGGUACACGGUGGACAAAGCCCCGGAAGUCUGGGACUACAGCCAGGGCUUCGUGAACGAGGAGAUGAUCAGGGACCACCUUCCACCCCCCAGGGAGGAGCCACUGAUACUGAUGUGUGGACCCCCGCCCAUGAUCCAGUUCGCCUGCUUGCCCAACCUGGAGAGUGUGGGCCACCCCAAGGAGCGCUGCUUCACCUUCUGAUGGCCAGUCCUGGCCACUCCUGCCCGCUGCCCAUGCGCUCAAAUCGCCUGCCCCCCCCUUUCCUCUCUGCCAGUCUCCCUCACCUCUACCAUCUGCCCACAUCUGCACUGGGGCCUGGGUCCAGCCUGGCCUGCCCGGCCCUGGUCACACAGGCACACUGGCCCCUGAGGGGCUCCUCUGGGAACAGGGCUCUGUGCCAUGUGGCCCCUGGCCACCUUCUACAUAAGCGCCUGUCUGGCACUAACUAGCCAUUACCAGAGAUACCCCACAACCACCCGUUAUACACACACACACACACACACACAUACAGAGCUGCCUGUACCAUGCCUACCCCCCCACCCCCAUCAUGGACCACAGUCAACAGAAAGGGAGGGCUAAUGGUCACUAUCCUGGGACCCCUGCCUGUCACCGCAACCACCUGCCUUAGGCCAUGGCCUGCCCUCGGCUCCUGACACAUUAGAUAAUGGCACCCAAAGGUUCUCUUGGGGGGCAUGUCUGGAAGUGACAGACCACCCCCACUUCUGGCCAAGGGCCCCUGGGGCAGCACAUGGGCCCUUCCGAGACCCCGUAUCUCCCCCAAUAGCCUUGGGCGCACUCCAAGUUAGCCCAGCAGUGACCCUUGGGGUCCUGGCUUGGACGGGUCCUGCCUACAGAACCACAUCACUACUUUUGUUUAUUCCUCCAUCCCAAACCUCCCUCUUGCCUGGUCCCCAGCUGGGGGAGGUCCAAACAGUGCCUCCUGUCCGAGAGACAGACCUGGGGGCUGUGCGCUGCCUUGCGUGUCGGCCUCCUGCAGACCGGCUUUUUCAGUCAUUUACAAGCAGAAAAGAGUUGAAGUAAAACUUUGCU